CAACUAAUAAGUGUCUGCUGGCCCACCCGAUCGACCUCCACCGGCAUCUCCGCAUCUCCUCAAUCGAAUCUCUCCCCUCAAUUCCCAAAUCUGUAUUUUAAUUUUUAAUCACCCACGUCCAAUUUCCUCUUGUGAUUUCUAUCAAGGACAAUUCUCCUUCUUCUGAUUAUCACUGCUCCAUUAUUUAUACAAAUAUAUAUAAAAAGGACCGACUCUGAAGACCCCAUCUGGGAAAGAAGACGAAUCUCCUUCUGGGGCUGCUUUGGUUGUUCUCAGCUGGCGGGUCUUCGAUUUUUCGAAAAUGGGGAGCGAAAUCGAAGAAUUUGAAGAUCCAAAACUUUCAUCCGAAGCAUUGGAGAACAAUCGUGCAUCUUCGUCGAAGGAAGGCAAAGGAAAGUGGCUGUGGGAGAAGGUGAAGUAUCAGCUGGUUGAGUACCACACUUUGCCAAAUUACUUGAGGGACAAUGAGUUCAUCUUAGGCCAUUACCGGUCUGAAUGGCCAUUGAAGCAGGUCUUGCUUAGUAUGUUUACCAUCCACAACGAGACGCUGAACGUUUGGACGCACUUGAUCGGAUUCUUCCUUUUUCUUUCCUUGACCAUAUACACUGCAAAUAAGGUUCCAGAGGUCGUUGAUCUUCAUGCUCUGCAGCAUUUUCCUGAUGUGCUGAAAAAGGCGGAUCUGCACAAAUUACAUGAAGAAUUCAUGACCUGCCUCCCUUCCUUACCCAACAUGCCAGAUCUUAACAGACUUAGAGAAGAGUUAAAGAUGUCGUUAACUUCAAUCGAUCUGCUACCCUCACUCUCUGGUUGGCAUGUUAUGGAACUUCUGAAAAACUGUUUGCCACAACGAUUCUCCCAUGGCAACCAAACUGAUGUCUGUGUGCUGCAGCGUAGCAUGAAGGAGGAUGUAGCAAACAUAAUAGCACCAUUGAUGAUUAGACCAAUCACAAGAUGGCCAUUUUUUGCCUUCUUGGGGGGAGCCAUGUUUUGUUUGCUGACCAGCAGCGCAUGCCAUCUCCUCUCUUGCCACUCUGAGCUCAUGUCGUAUAUCAUGCUCAGGAUGGACUAUGCUGGAAUUGCAGCCCUUAUAUCUACCUCAUUCUACCCUCUCGUCUACUACAGUUUCAUGUGUAACCCUUUCUUGUGCGCCCUCUACAUGGGAUGCAUAACCCUCUUGGGAAUUGCCACAGUUUUGGUUUCCCUUAUCCCAGUCUUUCAAAAUCCUGAAUACCGAAUAGUCCGUGUGUCUCUUUUUCUUGGCAUGGGCUUGUCCGGGAUUCUACCUGUUAUGCACAAGCUGAUCUUGUUUUCAGAUCAACCUGAGGCACUCCACACAACCGGGUAUGAGAUUCUGAUGGGCCUUCUCUACGGGGUGGGAGCCCUGGUCUAUGCCACAAGGAUUCCGGAACGAUGGCUGCCUGGGAAAUUCGACAUAGCAGGGCACAGCCACCAGCUGUUUCACGUAUUGGUAGUGGCGGGGGCAUACACCCAUUACCGUGCAGGGCUGGUGUACCUCCAGUGGCGCGACUUAGCGGGUUGCUGAUUUAGUGAAUUAGGAAGGUUGCCUCUUGACUCUAGUAUUAGUGGGUAACUGUAAGGUCUCUGUUUGUUGUUAUUUUAUGUGUAGCGUAAAUAAUGUGAUUUCCGAUUUGUGACUAGAAUUGGGCACAGAAAAUCGUGUUUGGUUCCUGGGAAAAUGAAAAAAAGAAACAUUGUAUUGGAGUAUUUCUAUGUUUUUUCUUGUACGCUUUCUGUAUGAAAGAAUUGCAGUGCAGUACGUGAACAAAAAGGGAGGAAAAAUAAUUUGUUUUUGCUUUCA